CAGAUGUUUUCCAAAUGUUUACAAAUUCUAAUUAAAUUACAAUUCUCAAAGUGAAGCCACAAAAAUCGUAAAUAAAAGAUAUAUUAUUUAGUUUCAAUUAAAUAAGUGCCGAAUUUAUUUAAACAGAAAAAUAAUUAGCAAAUUCUCAUGUUAAAUUGAGCUAGUCAUAUAAUUUGCAUUAAAAGUUGAGAACACUAAUCCGGCUUUUCCAACACUUUCGGUCAACAAGUAUUAGAACAUUGAAACUGAAAUAGUUUCAACUAAAAUAAGUAUGUGCAUUAUACCCACAAUAUAUUUAGCUCACAAUGGAUAUUUGACUUCAACCAAAAAUGACUGCAUACAUAAUUCCUGACCAAUUAUACAAAUAUAUAUUAUAUGUCAUUAGUAUUAUCAAAUUCAUUUUCCUUUCAUUACCAAAAAGGCUAUUUAGUAAGAAGAAAGUAUCUGAACCCAUCGAUUUUAUAUUGCUUUCAUUAACACAUAUGCCAAUUUUUAUAUUACACAAUACAUUUGUUAUUUUUUAAACAAUGUAAUCAGUAACGCGCACGAAUAACGUCUAUAUUUAAUACUGGUUAACAACAGCAAAAUUUGCCAUUAAUUCCGAAGUAUAAAUGGCAACAGUACGCAUUUUCAACAGAUUGGUUCUUCGGGGUCUGUUUCUUUCUACUAUUUUAUUAAUAUUUUUCAAUGAAGUACUUAUAUAUUAUAUAUAUCAAAGAUCUUGGCAAUAUAUUGACUGCAAAUAUGAUAAUUGUACAAGGAUAUUGUUUAUAGCUGAUUCACAAUUACUUGGAAAAACAUUUGAUACAUCAUUUUACAGUCCAUUAGCCAGAUAUGAUUCAGACAGAUAUUUGCAAAAAACCUUUGAACGCUCUUUUGCAUAUGCGCGACCACAUAUUGUAUGCUUUCUAGGAGAUUUACUUGACGAAGGAAACAUUGCAUCGCCUCAAGAAUUUGAUAGUUAUGUUCAUAGAUUUCAUAAAAUAUACAGUGCUGUAAAAAAUGUACAGAGCAUUCAUAUUCCUGGUGACAAUGACAUUGGAGGGGAAAAUGGUGAAUAUAUAUCAAAUUCUAACAUACGUCGAUUUGAACAAUAUUUCACGGAUGGAGAUUUGUUUGAUUAUAAUAAUAGCAUACGGUUUUUUAAGAUAAAUCGAAUGAUGUUAGAUUAUAAAAAUCCAGACCGUGAGAAUAAUGCAAACCGUUUGCGAAUUGGUUUAUCGCAUGCGCCUAUACUUAUUGGUGGAGGACCGUUACUUCGAGCUAUACUCGUUGAUCUUGAUCCUCACGUGAUAUUUUCAGCACACUGGCAUGAAUCUCGAAUAUUUAUACAUCCAUCAACGAAAGUCAUAAAUUUUUAUAAAUCAUCAACAAAACAUUUUAACCUUAAAACACUUAAGGAGGAUCAUACUUACAUUGAAAUAAUGGUGCCUACUGCAUCUUAUCGAAUGGGGAAAACGAAAAUUGGUAUCGGCUAUGGUGUUUUAGAUUAUAAUCUGACUUAUACUGUCUUAUGGUCUCCAAAUCGCUUCGUAUUUUUACUGUUAUAUGUUUUCUGGCUUAUAAUCGCCUUAAGUGGAGUUAUUGUAUUUAGAAUGAUGACACGAUGUCCAUUUAGAGUAUCUCAAAGACAUUAUAGUCGUACUCAUGCAAUACCUCAAUUCUAAAUAAAUAUCAACAAUUAUUGAAGCAAUUUUAAUUAAAAUAUUAAUUGAAAACGAAUAUUAAGUUUUUAUAAAGAAUAUACAUACAUAAUUUAAACAAUCCAAACAUAUCUGAAUAAUUACAGUUUUAAUUUUAAAUAAUAAAAUAAAUAACAAUAUACAUCGUUGUGUAUCCAAA